AUGUGUUCAGAUGUAAAGGGCCAAAAAGAGGUGAAAGAAGGUCCUGUAGUGUUACAAAAAGAUGGAUUACUGAACGGAUUAAGAGCACAAGGAUGCAGUGCUGAAGAAUAUGGAAAUUUGUACUUUGAUGUCUUGCCCAACGAUAACCCAUUUAAUAAAAUGAAGAAUCCAAGUUCACUUGGGAAAGCGAACAAAAUAUUAGCUGGUGUUGUUAAAGAUGUAAAGAGAAAUGGGAAAAUCUCACUAGUUCUUGGUGGAGACGGCAGCCUGGCAAUUGGGACAAUCUUUGGGCAUGCUGCAGUUCAUCCUGAUCUCUGCUUAAUUUGGUUAGAUGGCCCCACUGACAUCAACACCCCAUUAACAUCUCUAAGUGGCAACCUCCACGGGCAACCCCUGGCUUUCCUCAUAAAAGAACUUAAGCAGGAAAUGCCUGAUGUUCCUGGAUUUUAUUAGAUGAAGCCACGCUUGUCAGCCAGAAAUGUUGUAUAUCUUGGAAUAAGAGAUGCGGAGAACUGUGAUAACCUUGUGAACUCUCUUGGAAUCAAAUGCUUUUCCAUGUCUGAAGUAGAUAAACUUGGAAUUGGGAAAAUGAUGGAAGAAACGCUUGCAUAUUUAUGGGCCAAGAAGAAGGGACCAAUUCACUUCAGUUUUGAUACUGAUGGCUUGGACCCGUCACUGGCACCAGCCAUGGGCACCCCAGUCCUGGAGGAAUGGCUUGAUGUUGCCAAGGAACUAUAUUUUACAGGGUUGCUAUCAGCUGUGGAUAUAAUGGAGACCAACCUAGCUUGUGGCAAGGCGCUAGAGGAAGUGAACACCACAACCAGCUCAGCUGUAGCAAUGCUCUUGUCAUGUUUCGGAGCUUCACGUAGAAGGAUCUCCUACUGCUGUGUCCCCUGAUACAGGAGACUAAAUAGAUCAGUUCAUUUUUAAGAUAGCUAGUUAAGUGGAUAGGUGGUUUAGGCUUGUAAUUCUUUAUUCUUCACUGUGCUACAGAUGGUGAUUGAGUACAACUAUUUAGCAUUCACUCUAAGAAUAUAGUAUAAAAUACAAUAUGAGCUUAGAGGCAUUUUCCUAUUACAUACAUUUAGAAAAAUGUCAAUGUGGUGGGGAGAAAAAUACCCAUCCUUUAUGUUCCAUAGGAAGUGAGAUUUUAGAAAAAAAGAUUUUAGAAAAAAAUACCUUCUGAAUUUGUGUAUUCCAGUUACUAGUUUGGGGAAAUAUAAUUUUG